UUUCUCCAAAAUUUUUCCUGCUUAGAAAUCUCCUUCACUUCUUCCUGCAUUCCCAGGUACUUGUACAAUCUAUCAACAGGCGACAGGACCAUUUCCUAUAGUGCUUGUCUAAGCCAGCUAUUUUUUAUAUAUGUGUUUGCCAUAGUACAAUUUUUUCUCCUGACCAUCAUGUCCUAUGACCGGUACGUGGCCAUCUGCAAACCCCUGCACUAUGUGACCAUCAUGAACCGCAGGGUCUGCAUAAUGCUUGUCUUCUGCUGUUGGAUGACGACUUUGUUGCUGGUGUUGCCAUUCUUUAUUUUGUUACUGGGUCUGGAGUUCUGUGACUCCAAUGCCAUCGACCACUUUGGCUGUGACGCUCAUCCUCUGUUGAAUAUCUCAUGCUCAGAUACUGAGGUCCUAGAGCAGAUGCUCGUUAUCUGUUCAGUGCUGAUCUUCAUCCUGACUCUCGUGUGUGUGGUUUUGUCCUAUUUUUAUAUCAUCAGAACAAUCCUGAGGUUCCCGUCAGCCCAGCAAAGGAAGAAGCCAAUAGCCUCUGCUCAACCAUGUGCCACCAGGUCCUUAGUGGUCAGGAGCACCCUCACCUGGUCUCCCUCUUGGUGUUUAUCGGAGUGGGAGUUACUGUCCCAGUGGGAGGUCAGGUGUCCAAUGUUGUUCCAUCCAGAUGUCAGCUGGGACAGAAUAACCCAGAAGCCUCAGGUAGCUGGGACCUGCACAGAGUCUUGUUGGCAUAUAAUGUUGAGGUUUGCACUGAUUGAUAAAUAUCUGAAGCUUGGGGGGAAAGAUGAGCCCCCUGCUGUGUGCAACAACAUGGAUGCACCAGAUGAUGUUCAGUGA